CGCAUCUCGAGUUUAUUUCGAGUUUGAACGCGAAGCCUAACGGACGUGCAUGCAGCAUUAGUUAGGAACAAAAACCGGAGACACCGGGAAACACAGAUUGGAAACAUAGCCGGGACAAAGUGUAGAGGAGUGUAUGGAACUUUCCUGUUUCAUCACAGAAGUGCAUGGCUUAUAUCGUGUUCAAAUACGAGAAAAUUACCCAAAUACGACGCUCGCGAAGAUCGUAGUGCGACGUAGUAGUGCGGAUUAUUACACAGUUGAAAAGUCGGGUUCUCGAGUGCACCGUCGAGACAGCAUAAGCAGUGUGUGUGGAAGAGCAGUGUGUGAAAGCGAGCAUAACGAAGCAAAAUCAUAAAGUGAGGCUGGCUGGCUGGCUUGCUCUCGGGUGAAGUGAAGUGAAGCGGAUUGGAAAACGAGUUUUUCCACCCUUCUAAGCAGUGUGAAAAAAGCGAGCAAUAUAAAAUAAAAAAAACCUGCGCCGCAGUGUGGUGUGAAUCGGUCUGUGUCCAGUAGAGAAGCCUCGAAUGGACUUUAGGGCAGGACGUGAUCUCUGAAGGUAGAAAAAUCCUCAAACCAAACCCAUUUCCAUCAUCAAACCCAGUUGCGUUCGCGUUUGGGCGAAGUGUUGUUGCUGAUGAGCAAAAGGCAACGCAACGACGCAAGAAAAUAAAGAAAAGCGCCUUGAGUGAGCUCUUGUUGCCUCGGUGAGUUUUCGUGAGGCCCGUAACAAGUGAGGAAGCAAGAGUGCGGUGCGGUGUUGCUGGAAAGGAAAUCAAUACCGCGGAAAAUCUAAUCCGUGUCUUCCUGUUUGUGUUGUUGGGUGUGUCUGUGUGUACGUGCGCUCGUUGCUGUGUGUGAGUGGCGUGGGAUACGCUGGCGCUAGGAAAAUGUUCCGAUCCUGAUGUUGGUGCUGUGCGAAAGUUAGAAUAUUCUUCCGAGCGUGUUGAGUGUGCGAAAAUUGGCAGCACACCGGAGGCGCGCGCCGUGAUGUGCUGGUGAGUGGGCAGAAAAGCUCCGGCAUUCCCUUCCCUUCCGGCCUGCGGCAGGUGGAAUGUGCGCGCGGUCUGCUGCGGUGGUGAUGAUUGUAGUAGCCCGCAGUUGUGUUCCGUAUUGGUUCGGUUUGAGUUAUCGGUUGAAACCUGCGGCCGUGUCUGGCCCGUGAGGUGCGUUUUAGGAUAGGGCAGGCCCGUGCCGAAUCCCUAGUGGCGCGAGGGAUAGAGAAGAAGCAUCGUGUGAAACGAAAAAGAGUAGAAGUGAGUUUGAAGGAGAAUUCCGUUCGAUAGGAGAAGAGAAGAGAUACAACACACAGAUCAACAUGAUGUAUCAGCGAAGAAGUAGAACGUGUGCGGGAGGCGAAUCCACCACGAUGGUUCUAGUGCUCCGGUUAGCGGUGUUCGUGUGCACACUCACCCUGGCUACCUGCUCCCAAUGCACGUGGGAGUACGAAAAGUCCAGCGUCGUGUGCCGGCUUCGGACACUCGAGCGAACCGGGCUUGAUCUGCAAGGGGCAGAAGGUACCUCCCGGCUGGACAUCGAGUGCAGUGAGCUGAUUCUGUUCGAGAGUCAGCUUCCGCGGAACAGUUUCAGCCGGUUGGCGGCUCUCGGCGAGCUACGGAUCGAGUCGUGCAAACUGCUCCAACUGCCCGAGGGUGCCUUUGAGGGUCUGCUGGCCCUGAAGAAGCUUAGCGUCAACACGCACAAUUACGAAUGGGGACCGGGCAAGGUGCUGGAACUGCAGGCCGGUUCGAUGCGCGGUCUGAAGGAGCUGCAGUCGCUCGACCUGAGCGAUAACAAUAUUCGUGCCCUGCCCGAUGGUUUCCUGUGUCCCCUGACCGGGUUGAAGGUGUUGAACCUUACCAACAACCGCUUCCGAUCGGCGGAAGCGCUCGGUCUGGCCGAGAAGACGUGUGCCGGUGGCUCGGAACUGCAAGCGCUUAAUCUCGCCUACAACGAGCUGCGAGCCGUGCCGACCGGUUGGGGCGUUUCGAAGCUACGCCGUCUGCAGCAUCUCAACCUCGAGUUCAACAACAUCUCCGAGGUGCACGGAGAUGCGCUGGCCGGUCUGGGUUCGCUCCGUACGCUCAACCUUAGCUACAACCAUUUGGAAACGUUGCCGGCCGGUCUGUUCGCUGGAUCGCGUGACCUCCGCGAGAUCCAUCUGCAGGGUAACCAAAUCUACGAGCUACCCCGUGGGCUGUUCCACCGACUCGAGCAACUGCUCGUGUUGGACCUCUCGCGCAAUCAGCUGUCCUCGCACCACGUCGACAAUGGGACGUUCUCGGGACUGAUCCGCCUGGUGGUGCUUAAUCUGGCCCACAAUGCCCUAACCCGCAUCGAUGCACGCACCUUCGCCGAGCUGUACUUCCUGCAGAUUCUCGAUCUGCGCAACAACUCGAUCGGUUACAUCGAGGACAAUGCGUUCCUGCCGGUGUACAAUCUGCAUACGCUCAAUCUGGCAGAGAACCGGCUUCAUACGCUGGACGACAGGCUAUUCAACGGGCUGUUCGUACUGUCCAAACUAACCCUCAACAACAACCUCAUCAGCAUCGUAGAGCCGAACGUGUUCCGCAACUGCUCCGAUCUGAAAGAGCUCGACCUAAGCUCGAAUCAGCUGACCGAGGUGCCGUACGCAAUCCGCGACCUGUCGAUGCUGCGGGCACUCGAUCUCGGCGAGAACCAGAUCGCACGCAUCGAGAAUGGCACGUUCUCCAACCUGAACCAGCUGACCGGACUGCGGCUAAUCGAUAACCAGAUCGAAAACGUCACCGUUGGCAUGUUUGCCGAUCUGCCCCGUCUGUCCGUGCUCAACCUGGCAAAGAACCGUGUGCAGAACAUCGAGCGCGGUUCGUUCGAUCGCAACCUGGACAUUGAGGCGAUCCGGCUGGACGGUAACUUCCUGACGGACAUUAACGGUAUCUUUGCGACGCUCGCUUCACUGCUGUGGCUGAACCUGGCCGAGAACCACCUGGUGUGGUUUGACUACGCGUUCAUCCCGAGCAACCUGAAGUGGUUGGACAUACACGGCAAUUACAUCGAGUCGCUCGGCAACUACUACAAGCUGCAGGAGGAGAUCAAGGUGAAGACGCUCGAUGCGAGCCACAACCGGCUGACGGACCUUGGGCCGAUGAACGUACCGAACAGUGUCGAGCUGCUGUUCGUCAAUGAUAAUCACAUUGGCACGAUCCAUGCAAACACCUUCAUCGACAAGGUUAACCUGGCCCGGGUGGACCUGUACGCGAACGCGCUCAAGAAGCUCCAGCUGCACCAGUUGCGCGUGGCGCCGGCACCAACGACGGACCGGCCGCUGCCAGAGUUUUACCUCGGUGGCAACCCGUUCGAGUGUGACUGUUCCAUGGAGUGGAUGCAACGAGUGAACAAUCUAACGACCCGGCAACAUCCCAAGAUUAUGGAUCUGCCGAACGUCGAGUGCAUUAUGCCGCACGCACGUGGCUCUCCGAUUCGUCCGAUUGUGUCGCUACAGCCGAAAGACUUCCUGUGCCGGUACGAGACGCACUGUUUCGCGCUGUGUCACUGUUGUGAUUUUGAUGCGUGUGACUGUGAGAUGACGUGUCCGUCGAACUGCACCUGCUACCACGAUCAAACCUGGGGCACGAACGUGGUGGACUGUGGCAAUCAGGGGGCCGCAUCCACGGCUGCUGCCGGUGGACUUCGGCCGGUGCCGAUGGACGCGACGGAAGUGUAUCUGGACGGGAACGACAUCCCGGAGCUGCAGCACCAUGUGUUUAUUGGGCGCAAGAAUCUGAAAGUUCUGUAUGCGAAUGCGAGUCAUAUCACCACUAUUCAGAACCGAACGUUUGCCGGGCUGACGGCACUGCAAGCACUCCAUCUGGAGGAUAAUGCACUGCAAAGGAUCCACGGGUACGAGUUCGAGAAUCUGGCACUGUUGCGUGAGCUGUACCUUCAGAAUAACGCACUGCAAAGCAUUGCCAAUGGGUCGUUUGCUCCGCUGUACUCGCUGCGAGUGCUACGGCUCGACGGCAACAAGCUGGUAACUAUGCCACUGUUCCAGCUGCAAGCUGCCCAAGGUAAUCUGCAGGCACUGCAGUCGCUCUCGCUCGGUCGCAAUCCUUGGAGCUGCCGGUGUCGGUUCCUACCCGAGUUGACCGCGUUCGUAGCGGACAAUGCGGUGAUCGUGCAAGACCCGCAAGAUGUGUACUGUGCCGAUGAUGGUGUGCAUCGUGAGCUAGACUUUAAUGUGAGUGCCGCGUGUAGUGACUUUUACGCCGGACGUUCCGUGCUACCCGGUGAUGGCCUAUCCGAAACGUACAUCCUGCUGAUGGCCAGUGCGUUCGUGCUUACCUGCCUGCUGCUCCUGGCCGUGCUAGUGUUUGUGUUCCGUGAGCCACUCCGCUUCUGGCUGUUCUCGCGUUACGGUGUGCGUGUGUUUGGACCGCGGUGUGAAGAUUCGGAAAAGUUGUACGACGCGAUCCUGCUGUACUCGGCCAAGGACGCUGAGCUGGUGGCACGCAGUAUAGCGAGUGAGCUAGAGAACGGGCGACCUCCGUUACGUUUGUGCUUACAGCAUCGGGAUCUUCCCGAGGAUGCAUCCCAUCUGCAGUUGCUGGAGGCUUCACGUGCCUCGCGGCGCAUUGUAGUGCUCUUGUCGCGUAACUUCCUGCAAACGGAGUGGAGUCGGUGUGAGCUGCGUCGCGCAGUGCACGAUGCACUUCGUGGCCGUCCGCACAAGUUGGUGGUGGUGGAGGAGGGUGGUGGUGUACUACUAGAGGCGGAGAACGAUGUAGAGUUGGUGCCCUAUCUGAAGACGACAACCGUGACGCGAGUACGGCGUGGCGAUCGUCACUUCUGGGAGAAGCUACGCUACGCCUUACCGGUCGAGGCUCCCUAUCGUGGCAACAACUACACCAUCGACCACCACGAACGGGUGAAGCAGACCGGUGCUGGAGGUGGUGCGGGCGGUGCAGGUGGUGCUGCUGGUGUUAUGUUCCGGCAACCUCCUCCACCCGCCUACUGCCCAGAGAUCGACGAGGCGAACUACUCUUCGGCGACGACGGCGACUCCUUCGCCGCGGCCCUCACGGCGCGGUAUGGUGGAGGUGCCGACCCAGCGUCCACCGAGUGAACACAUCUACUCGAGCAUCGAUUCCGACUACAGUACGCUCGAGUGCGAGAACAUGGUGAUGGCACCGGCCGGCGUACAUCGACCGUCGUGGCGAUCGGCUGGCGGACAUCCCGUGCAGAACGGUGGCACGAUGCAUCAUCCGCACGGUCCGGGUGCCGGUGGCCAUCACGUGCAGGCGUAUCUGGUAUGAGACGGCACGCGAGGCCGCCGUCUGUUAAGUCGUUAGUCAGUAGGGGUAAUAGUGCGUAGUGCGUCAACGAACGGAUGCGGAACUGAACGGAAGUGCUAAAUUUAAAUUGUACGCGUGUGUAUGUAUAGCAGAUGUAGAGAAAUGCGUAUCGAGUGCGUAAUUGUAAAAAGAAGAACGAACCCGCUCUUAAUCGAUUCUUUAGUUAGUUUCAUUUCAUAAGACGCAGCUGUACAUUGUAGACUCGUUUGUGUUACUAUUAUCUUUGCUUUUGUUCAUCGCUUUAGUCCUCACGUUUAAGCCGUGUAAAUGUAUAUGUGUAUGCUCGUUUUUAAAUUGUAUUUAAUUUUAUUAUUGCUCGAGACUCGGAACCGGAUUCGGGUGGUGCGGGUGCGUCGGUUUCGUGGACAAAAAUCCCCGGCUCCGUUCGCAAUCCCCCGCUCGCCUCUGUCUCCUCUCACUCACACAAAACAGUCAUCUCUUAAAGUAUUACUAGUAGGGCAAACGAAUACAAAAUGGUUGACAAAAGCGUAUGCGGCAUAUGACAUGUUGAUAGUUGAUGGUGAUGAACUGAAAUUCGAAACACCCAUCACUGGAUCAGCCCUAGAGGCGCUCCAGAGCAGCGUGACAGCAGCUGGAACAAGAGAGGGUCUGUAACUACGCGUUGACGUGUUUGUGAAUGCAGAAAGGCAAAGGAAAAGGAGAAAAAACUAUUUGUGAUAUCGUAUUUAAUAAGUUUUAAAUGUAAUAAUCGGUAGCGCGAGCGCAACACUGGGCAAAGAUGAGGAUUAGUCUAGCAAAAAAUGAAGAGUAAACAAAAGGGAUAUGAAAAUGCGAAGAAGGGAAGGUACUACCAAUACAACUCGUACACACCAAACACAAAACACUCUAGAAAAGCGCAUCAACUUUAUUGGUGGGACUGCAGAGGGACUAGCAGCAGCGCACACGUUAGUUUGCAGGAUAGGUAAAAUAAUGUUGUGGAACGGCGUGUUUCACACAACUUUACGUCAAAGCUCAAACAAAACACAACACAAGUGGAAACCUGCGACUGGAAGACCUGGAAUAAAGGAAUGAAGGAUACAAAACUUUUGAAAAACAAAUAUGGCUUAUUGUUUCGAUUUCAUUGGCAUAUUAGACAGAAAGAAGGAAAGAGCGGUUUUUGAUGCGGAACUUUGGCGGUCGACGAAUUGCAUUUUAAUUAUAGCUCGGUUUUCCACUUUUCGUUUUGUUGUCCACCUCCUGCUCGUUCCGAGUCUCCGGUGAAACCCGGAAGCAGCAAUACCUUUACGCAGGGACAGGUUUUUGCUGUCCGAUUCGUCAUCGUAGUCUUCGUAGUCCCGUCUCAAAAAAAGCACACAGGAAAAACUCAACUAAAAGGAUAAAAUGCCAUUUGCUAGAAGGCCAUAAUUAACACUAAAUGGCACACAUACACACACGCACACGGACUGGGACCGGCCUCCGGAGAUGCUCCGGUCCGGCGUGGAAUCAGUGUCAUGUGUUGUGCUGUCGCUCUCUGUGAACCGUCCCUUGUUUUUCCCUUCCAUUUCCCAGCAUGGAUGGGCGUCAGCAGGCAGACCUUCCUUAAUUAGUUUGCCAUCCCUGUCUGGUCCGGUUCGGUUUCGAUGUGUGCAUUGCUUAGGUGCGUGAGUGACAGUAUGGAAGGAACCGGAACACUUCCAACGGUAAGGAGCCAAGCCUCCUAACCCACCUCCCGGGGGUAGCCAGCGUGUAAUUAUUAUUUAAAUUAUUUAUUCACAACCUAUUUAACGAAGGACGAAGAUUUUCUCGGCACCAAGGAGCGUUUAGAACUUCAACCCACAUGCCAACGCACACACGCACACGUGUAGAAAGCGGAGGAAAAAAGGCAGGACACUUGUAAACAUACACAUUUCAACGGUGGUAUAGAAUUAGUGAAGCAGAUAAUUGCUGUUUGAAACUGAAGCAACAAAAAAAAACACAACAGGACUGAAGGAACGAAGGCAUGCAACCAAUUGUAAAAUAAAAAGUGGUAAAUGAAAGGUAAAGGCUUGUAAAUAGACGGUAGCUUAUAGAACUGUUAAAAGCGAACAACCCCUGUAACAUCCUGGAGCGAAUGAUUCCUUUCCUAUCAGACUGACUUAGUGGUAAUAGCGAAAGUGGUGGAGACAGGUGUCAGCAAGUGUGAUGAAAUCGUAUCAGCAGAAGAAGUAAAACGGAAAUCAGCAAGUGUGGUAAGACGAACAAUUGGCAAUAAUUUAGAACAGAAAAUCGCAAACAAUACUGACUGCACAUAGAACAGAAUUAAAUGUGGAAAAUUGUAAAAAAAAAAA